AUGGUUGGAAUUAAGCAACUCUCUCUAGGGGCAACCCUUCUACUCAGCCUCGCUCAGAAUGCUGUCUGUGACACAACUGUGGAGGAGCGAGAUCUCGAAAUUCGCAAGGGGGGUGGCGGUGCAGGCCCUCGUGGCAGCCACGCCGGGCACGGUUCAGGAACAACUAGCAAUGGCUUCGCUGGCUACCAACCUUCGGCUCCUAGACCGUCUAGCAGUGGUAAGGGCAAGCGAAGCCUUGAGCUCCGCAAGGGAGGCGGCGGCGCCGGACCUCGAGGCAGCCAUGCUGGGCACGGUUCCGGAACCACUAGUAAUGGCUUCGCCGGUUAUCAACCUUCUGCUCCUAGACCCUCGAGCAGCGGCAAGGGCAAGCGAAGUCUUCAGAUCCGUAAAGGAGGUGGUGGUGCAGGACCUCGCGGUAGCCAUGCUGGGCAUGGUUCGGGAACCACCAGCAAUGGCUUCGCCGGUUACCAACCCUCAGCUCCUAGACCCUCUAGCAGCGGUAAGGGCAAGCGCAGCCUUGAGAUUCGUAAAGGAGGUGGUGGUGCUGGGCCUCGCGGUAGCCAUGCUGGGCAUGGUUCCGGAACCACCAGCAAUGGCUUUUCUGGCUAUCAGCCUUCUGCUCCUAGACCCCCUAGCAGUGGUAAAGGCAAGCGAAGCCUUGAGCCCCGCAAGGGAGGCGGUGGCGCCGGACCUCGUGGCAGUAAGGGCGGACAUGCCUCUGGGACAACAAGCAAUGGUUUUGCUGGUUACCAACCUUCUCCCGCAAGACCCUCUAGCAGUGGCAAAGGCAAACGCAGUCUCGAAAUUCGUAAGGGAGGUGGCGGUGCAGGCCCUCGUGGCAGCCACGCAGGGCACGGUUCUGGGACUACGAGCAACGGCUUUUCUGGAUACCAACCUUCUGCUCCUAGGCCCCCGAGCAGUGGCAAGGGCAAGCGAGGCUUCAACUAUGAGGAGGAAGUUUAUUAG